AUGGAGUCAUUCUCCAACUUUAUGAAGGGCAUUCCACCACUAACCACCGAAAAAAAGCCCUUAACAACCACCACUAAUCCCUCCACAAACCCAAUUCAACAACAACAGAAACCACAACAACAACAACAACAACAAAAGCAACUCAUGGGUCCCGCAAGUAAUCCACCUCAGCAGAUGGUGGGACCCAUACAUAAUCCGGUGCGUCAGCAGCACACCAGAAGUGAUGGAAACUCGAUCUUUAGUGCAUCUGAUGACAAUGUGAUAAUGAAGCAAGUUAUUGAUACUCAUCUCCCUGAUGGAACCGAUGUUGAUGUCAGACCUCUUCUUGAUAUCAUACAAGACAUCCUUCGACAUGCUACCAUCAAUGCUGAUCCUCUUUCAUCGGGUCCACAUACAAAUGGAGAUAAACUGAAUGGUAAACCAAAUCAGAACAAUGCCAUUGUUAUGCUCCAUUCAUCGUCUCAUAUAAUCGAUAAACUCGCUAGUGAGUUGGCGUUAAAGUGCUUAACGGUUGCAGAUGGACACACGACAGCCCUUGCGUUAUUCUACACUGUUGGAAACUUCCAUUGGGAUGCAAAACUGGUGCUAACGCUAGCAGCUUUUGCUCUCAACCAUGGAGAAUUCUGGCUUCUGGCUCAAAUCUACUCAUCGAAUCAACUAGCAAAAUCUUUGGCAAUCCUUAAACAAGUUCCAACAAUCAUGGAGCAUACGGCUCCAUUAAUACCUCGAUUUGAAGCUGUUAACAAACUAAUCCAUUCAAUUCUGGAAUUGACAAUAUGUAUUGUCCAAUUCAAGGAGCUUCCGUCUAUGUACAUAACUCCUGAUAUGCCAGCCAUGUCAUCAGCAAUCAAUACCAUUCCGACAGCUGUCUACUGGAACAUCAGAGGCAUUAUCACUUGUGCUACACAGAUUACUCACUUGACUAGCAUGGGCCAUGAGUAUGGGAUUUCAUCAACAGAGAUGCAAUCAUGGGAACUAUCGUCAUUGACUUCAAAGAUCGAUCACAUACAUGACUUUCUCAGGCGACAGUUGGAGAAUUGCAUUCGUGUUGUUGGAGACAAGAAGGAAAUUGAAUUCAGGAGGUCGUUCAAUCAGCUGUUUGAAACAAGCCAUAUGGAUAACAUGAAAAUCCUUAAAAUCUUGAUUAAUCCAAGGGAUGAUAUACAACCACUCUUCGAUGGCAAUACAAAGAUGAGGGUUAGUCUAGAAGUCCUGAGGAGGAGGAACGUGUUGUUGUUGAUAUCAGGGCUAGACAUGUCUCGUGAGGAGCUUUCAAUUCUUGAAGAAAUUUACAACGAGUCUCGCAUUCACGGAUCAAGGACGAGUGCUCUUUAUGAAGUUGUGUGGAUUCCCAUUGUAGACCCCUCUGUAAACUACACCAAGGAAAUGGACAGGAAAUUCGAGGAGAUGAAGGAGAAAAUGCCAUGGUAUUCUGUAUCCCACCCUUCAAUGAUAGACAAGGUGGUUAUCAAGUGCAUAGGGGACAGGUGGCACUUUAGGAAAAGGCCAAUACUAGUGGUGUUGGACCCACAAGGAAAGGAGUUGAGCCCUAAUGCAAUCCACAUGAUGUGGAUUUGGGGAAGCAAUGCCUUCCCUUUCACCAGCAUGAAAGAGGAACAAUUGUGGAGGGAUGAGACUUGGAGGCUAGAGUUGCUAGUUAGUAGCAUGGACCCCACCAUAGAUAAUUGGAUAAGAGAAGACAAAUACAUAUUCUUGUUUGGAGGUGAUGAUAUCGAGUGGAUACGCAAAUUCACAACCACAGCUCGGGCAAUGGCGACUGCUGCCCGAAUCCCAUUAGAGAUGGCGUAUGUUGGAAAAAGCAAGAAAAAGGAAAGCGUACGUAGGGCUGUUGCUACCAUUAAUGUGGAGAAGCUUAGCUACAGCUGGCAAGAUCCAACCCUAAUGUGGUUCUUCUGGACACGUUUAGAAAGCAUGUUGUACUCCAAGAUUCAAUUAAAGAAGGCUGAUGAUCAAGACCCCAUGAUGCAACAGAUCAAGAAACUUCUAAGCUAUGACAAAGAUGGAUCAUGGGCUUUGUUGUGUAGAGGGUCAAAGAUUCUGACUAAUGGACAUGGAACCACUAUGAUGCAAACACCAUCUGACUUUGAUUUGUGGAAGAAAGAUAUUGAACCAAAGGGGUUUGAUUUGUCGUUUACGGAGUACCAUGAUAAGCUUCAUGUUGCAGCGAAUAAUUGUUGUAGAUUUGAGUUUCCAGUUGCAGCAGGUAGAGUCCCUGAUGGGAUGCGGUGCCCUGAGUGUCAUCGUUUCAUGGAGAAACACAUUGCUUUUCUUUGUUGUCAUGAUCAAGAUGGCCUACUUGAACUUGAUUGAAAAUCAUCUACAUACGACUACCAAUCACAAGGGUUCAGACCAUGAGUUUUCUUGAUCCUUGAAUAAAUGAGUGUAGUAUGUUUUCUGUUUCAUUUUCUAUGAAUCAUAAUAAGAGUAU